AUGAUCAAUUAAAUUAAUUAAUAGCUAGAAAGGCUAUUUUGGGAAGUGGAAUAUAUGGGUAAUUAUUUAAGUUGAGAUAAUAGUAAAGUAUACAAAAUGUAAAGCAAAUAUGAUAAAUAAUAUUAUGCCGUAAAAUGCAUAAAAAAACAAAACGAAAAAGAGGGAGUAUAAAAUUUUAUAAUAUUUAUUAGUUUCCAACAACUUCAUUAAGAGAAAUAAAAUUUUUGA